AUGGUGAUACGUGGACAAAUCGGAAACGGGGACGCGCGCAGAAUCCAUCCCUACCGGAGGUGCCCAGGGGGUGUCGUCGCGCGCCUUAUAAAACGCCGGUGCCGUCGCGGCGGACGCUCACUCUCGAACCUCAGCUACGAUGAUGACUACAACUACGAGGACGUCGACGACGACGGUUUCAAGCUGAAGGUCUCUCUCUCCGGCCCCGGCUCCGACUCCGACUUCCAACACUCGACUGCGCUUUCCAAGUCGUUCGCAGCCGUUCCGUUCUCUCUCCACUCACUCGGCACUCGCGCUCCACACUCGGCCACUGACGACGACGACGUUGCGACGUUCAUUUGGCUCGCGUGUGCCGUACCGGUCCCGGUGCGGCGGCAAUCGUUCGCGUCACGCUCUGGGCCACGGCCGUUUCCGAUCACCGCCUGCAGCAGGACUCCAGGAUCGCCGUUUCGUCCUUCUGUACAGACGAAGCGAGAACGGCGACGCAGACUUUGCGGGUACGAGGCCUUUCGCACGACUGCGCUGCAACGUUUGUGCCGUGUAAACCGCCGCCGUGCACGUUUAUCCAAUAAAACAUCGCGAGGAUGCUGUACGUGGACCGCGACAACGCGAUCGCACGAAACGCGCGACGUUCGCGCAUACACCUCGAGACGUGCGUGGAACGUGAAAAUAUCGUUUCGCAUACCGGUCCUUAUCAUUCUUCGCCUUGUGUGCAAUUUAAACAACUGGACGGAGAACUGAUAAGGGCUGGUAUGUCGAUACUGCGCCGUGUAAGAGCUGCCCGACGACGACGACGACGACGACGACGGAACUGCUAACACCAUAUUGUUUUCUACUGCAAUAUUGGCUAAUUUUGUUGUGAGGUGUCCUAAAUCUAAUACACUACGCGUUCACGAGGGCUUGUCUUUUUAAAAUUAUUCCAAUAUGAAGUCAUACGUGGCAUUUGGGUUGACAUACAAUAAUUACAAGAGAAUAAAAAUAUAUACUUGAUUUUCAUUCUAACUACAAAUUAUAAUUCGAAUAAUAUUAUUUAGAGAUACUCAAUAUUAAAUAUACUUAAUUUCCAUAAAA